UCCUAUAAGGCACGUCUUCCGACAACGACGACAACCCACGCAAAAAAACAGAAAACUUAAAUACAAUAAACACUUCCCACAGUAUCGGAACGGGUUUUCUGCUUGGUCGCUCUUCGCAAAAAAAAUUCAAAAAUAAAAAAAAAAACCCUUCGCUAAAAAACUGGAGUAGAACGAACAAAGUGAAGAUAACGUUAAAGUUUGAGAAUUUUUUUUCAAAAAAAAAUAAAUAAAACUCAUUAUCGCAAAUUGAAAUCUUUACACACACAAAAAAAUGAGACAUCUGUGGCUAUUAACCCUUGUGUUAAUGGGUUUCUUUCAAUAUUCAGUCCUUGCUGAUGAGUAUGCCGAGUACAAUGAUGAGGAGGAACCACAAUACCCGCCUGGUAAUUUGGCAAAAGCCACAUCCAAACCAGUAAUCCCUAUCCCGUAUUUUGAUGAAAAAGAGGCGGUGAUUUAUGUCCCAACGAAUGCCACUACGGUUAGCCUUGAAUGUCCUGUAAAGAAUUAUGAUGCAUUGCAUCAUGGCAUCAACUGGUAUAAGGACGAAGAACUUAUGACCAAUGCCAAGUCGGCAUUCAAUAUUGAGCAUCGUUUGGAUGACAAUUACACAUUGACCAUGCCCUUGGUCAAUGUCACGGGACAUGUAUAUUCCUGUCGUGUUAUGCCCAGCAAUGUGCGCCAUCAGAUAACCAUUAGGAUUGGCGCGGCGCCCAUUACCACGACACCGAAAGCAACAGUAGAUCCUUCCCCAACCAUAAUAAGUCCUCCAACUGCCAAAUCUGGCUCGUCUCCAGUUGUCUAUUGCUUGUGGUUACUUUUGGCCAGCUUCCAAGGAAUUAGGCGAAUGUAAGGGUAUUCCCAGGACAUUUUUUUAGUUAACAUUUCAACCACCGGCGAAAGAAAUGACGAUGAUGAUGAUAAUGAUGAUGAUGAAUUGCAAUCACAUGAGCUUGACAAACUACAAAAUUAUUGAAACAAAAAAUCAUUUUGAAAUUAAACUUAAAAGCAUAAGAGAUUGAAAUGAUUACGGAACCAAAACCAUUAACCGAUUUGAUAACGGUUUACUGCUUAAAAAUGAUUACAUCCAAAUAAGUGAAUUCCUUACAAUUGCUUGGCAAAUUCUAUAUAAUCUAAAGAUAUAUAUCUAUGUUAGAUGUUGCUUUGUUAUGAUUAGAUUUAACUAUUUAGAUAAUAGCUGUAUGUAUUUGAAAUGCAGUUAAUUUGUUUAGUGUAUCUGACUACUUAAAACGUAUACUUAGCAUUUCACGCUCUCUCUCUCACACACACUCUAGAAACAAAUGCCUAAAAUGCAUCAGGAAUAUAUAUCAGACUACAUAUACAUUAGAUUUAUUUACUAAGUAUUUUAAUUUUGUGCUUUAAUUGUAAAUUAAAUGAAUAUACUCGAUAUGAAUAUUCGUUUUUAGUGAAUGAAUAUGAAAUGUAAUGCGAUAACAAAAGUGGCUUAAAAAAAACACAAAAUGACAUAGAAAAAAUCAGUAUGAAAUA